AGAGGGAAAGAGGUGGAGGAGAAGGAAAUUGUCCUGGAUUCUUGCAGGGGGUCCAAGCCUCUCCUGGAUUGCCAGUGUUUCCGUAGGUUGCGACACUACACCAGGCAAGAGAAGAGGAAGGAAAUUAACCCCAAUUGGUGAAGGUCGAUUUGAGGGUCUGCUGUAGCAGGUGGCACCACUUGAAGAGAGGGAGGAAGUUUCCUUGGAUCAGUAGAGGUCCACCUCCAGUAUCAGCUAUUGUGUCCUUGAAGUGGCUGAAGACGAUCACCUUCCACAGCCUUGCACCCAGGCCCAUAGUGCUCCUCUCCCAGCCUGAGUGAAUACUCUGUUCCUUGGUCCCUGAUAUUGUCAGGGACGAUUGCAUGGGCUACGCCAGGAAAGUAGGCUGGGUGACUGCGGGACUAGUGAUUGGGGCUGGAGCCUGCUAUUGCAUUUAUAGACUGACCCGGGGAAGAAAACAGAACAAGGAGAAAAUGGCUGAGGGUGGGUCUGGGGAUGUGGAUGAUGUUGGGGACUGUCCUGGGGCCAGGUACAAUGACUGGUCUGAUGAUGAUGAUGACAACAGUGAAAACAAGGGUAUAGUGUGGUACCCACCUUGGGCCCGGAUUGGGACUGAGGCUGGAACCAGAGCAAGGGCCAGAGCAAGGGCCAGGGCUACUCGAGCUCGUCGGGCUGUUCAGAAACGGGCUUCCCCCAAUUCAGAUGAUACUAUUUUGUCCCCUCAAGAGCUGCAGAAAGUUCUUUGCUUGGUUGAGAUGUCUGAAAAGCCUUAUAUUCUUGAAGCAGCUUUAAUUGCUCUGGGUAACAACGCUGCUUAUGCAUUUAACAGAGAUAUUAUUCGUGAUCUAGGUGGUCUCCCAAUUGUUGCAAAGAUUCUCAAUACUCGGGAUCCCAUAGUUAAGGAAAAGGCUUUAAUUGUCCUGAAUAACUUGAGUGUGAAUGCUGAAAAUCAGCGCAGGCUUAAGAUAUACAUGAAUCAAGUGUGUGAUGACACAAUCACUUCUCGCUUGAACUCAUCGGUGCAGCUGGCUGGACUAAGAUUGCUCACAAAUAUGACUGUUACUAAUGAAUAUCAGCACAUGCUUGCUAAUUCCAUUUCAGACUUUUUUCGUUUAUUUUCAGCAGGAAAUGAAGAAACCAAAUUUCAGGUUUUGAAACUCCUUUUGAAUUUGGCUGAAAAUCCAGCCAUGACUAGAGAACUGCUCAGGGCCCAAGUACCAUCUUCACUUGGUUCCCUCUUUAAUAAGAAGGAGAACAAAGAGGUUAUUCUUAAACUUCUGGUCAUAUUUGAGAACAUAAAUGACAAUUUUAAAUGGGAAGAAAAUGAAUCUGCUCAGAAUCAAUUCAGUGAAGGUUCACUUUUCUUCUUUUUAAAAGAAUUUCAAGUGUGUGCUGAUAAGAUUCUGGGGAUAGAAAGUCACCAUGAUUUUUUGGUGAAAGUAAAAGUUGGAAAAUUCAUGGCCAAACUGGCUGAGCAUAUGUUCCCAAAGAGCCAGGAAUAA